GCUCACCACCUAAACCUAAGAGAGAGAAAUGGCAACUCAGUUAGUCCUCUUCCCAAGCCCAGCAGUGGGGCACUUGGUGUCCAUGGUGGAGUUGGCGAAGCGCCUCCUCCACCAUAACCCCACCGCCUUCUCCAUCACAAUCCUCACCACCCAAUCCCCCUUUGGCCCUGGCGCCGCUGCCACCUACAUUGCCAAUAUCUCUGCCCUUUUCAUCGGCGCCCACAAACAAUCCAUUGCUGAAGCCCUGAAAUCGCUCUCCCCGGUUCGAGCCUUCAUCACUGAUCUCUUCUGCACCACCAUUCUUGACACUGCGGCUGAAGCUGGUGUUCCGGCGUACAACUUCUUCACUUCUGGCGCUUCACUUCUUUCUCUAAUGCUCUAUCUCCCUACACUUCAUGACCAAAUUGCAUCGGAAUUUACGGAUUUGAAGGAGCCGGUGGCGAUCCCCGAGGGAAUUCUUGUGAACACCUUUGAAGAAUUUGAGCCUCAACCCCUCAAGGCCUUACCCGAUGGUCAGUGCCUACCUGGCCACCCCACGCCCCCAGUCUACGCUGUCGGCCCCCUCCUCAACCUUGAUGAACAGCAGCCCCCUGCUAGCGAACCUCACGAGUGCUUGAAAUGGCUCGGCACCCAGCCAGAUGGCUCGGUCCUGUUUCUGUGUUUUGGGAGCUGGGGCGCCUUUGAGCCAGCCCAGGCCAAGGAGAUCGCUCUUGGGCUCGAGCAAAGCGGCCAUCGUUUCCUGUGGUCUCUGCGAGGUCCGCCAAAGGAAAAAUUCUCAGGCCCCACCAAUGCAGACUUGGAAGUGCUGCUCCCAGAGGGGUUCAUAGACCGGACGAGGGAGCGCGGGAUGGUGUGGCCGACAUGGGUGCCGCAGGUGGCGGUGCUCGCACACCCUGCAGUCGGUGGGUUCGUGUCGCACUGUGGCUGGAACUCGAUUCUGGAGAGUGUGUGGCAUGGCGUGCCUAUCCUGGCCUUUCCCCUGUACGCAGAGCAGAGGCUGAACGCAUGGGAGCUGGUGAAGGACAUGGGCGUGGGCGUGGGCGUAGAUAGCGGUAGCUGCGGUUUGGUGAAGGCUGAGAAGUUAGAGAAGGCAGUGCGGCGAUUAAUGGAGGCGGAGGAGGGGCAGAGAGUGAGGCGGCGUGGGAAGGAAUUGAAGGAGGCGGCGAGGAAGGCGGUUGAAGAAGGGGGCCCGUCGUAUGCCGCUCUAGCAACGGUGGCUGGCAAAUGGGUCCAAGAGAAGUGA